UUUGCGUGUGAUGAGUUUCCCAUAGCAUCUGGAGAUCAAUUAUCCAUUCGUGUGAACCAGUGGUUGAGAGAUCAUAGCUGUCUCUGUGUGUGUUUCUGUGUGUGUGAGAAGAACCAUUCAGCGAAAGGCAUUACAUACUGAUUUAUUCUAGGAGAUUGAGGUAAUUUUCUAAACCUGCAGCAUUUCAAAGGUAAGUAAGAGGUGUGAAAUAUACGAUUUAAUUAGGCCUGACUUCCUGACGAAAAUUCAUACAAGCAAUGGUAUAUCUGUGGUGAGUUUAUGAAGGUUUGUUGAGUCUAAUGGUGGAAUUAUAUUGUAGUUAAAUGUUCCUUAUCUUUGUUAAUGUCUAUAGGACUCCAGGCACUUUUUUUGUACUGUAAUUUAAUGUUCAUUCUCAGCAUUUCGCCUGCAGGCUGUAGCCUUGAAGAAAGUCCUUUCGUUCCUCCCUUUCUCUCUGUAGCAUAAAUCCCUUCCGCGUUUAUCCAUAUAGUCCUGAGGAAAAUGCAGAUAUGUAUCCGAGAGGGCGUAUAAUGCAUCCAUGAUCCACAGGAAUCCUGAAUCCUUGCAGCUGAUUGGCUGCUGGCUCCUGCCUCUUGUUGGGAUGGACCUGUUGGAUAAAAGGACCAUUUUCUAAAGGACUCUUGUGUGUUAUACAGAGGAUCAUGCACUGGGGACCAUCCUGUAAGACGGUAUAAUAAGAAAAAGGCCUUUAGCAUCGAAGAUAUCAUGACGGGGAAGCAAGGCGCCGUGCUCUCGGAAAGUUUAAAUCUAUCGGAGAAAACCUCUCUGGGUGCGAAUGGAGGGAGUAUCAGCCACCAGCCGAAGAGCAGCGCGACCCAUCCGCCGCCCAGGUGCACCGGCUUCGGCAUCCAGGAGAUACUGGGGCUGAAUAAGGAGCCGUCGGCGGCCCCGAGGAGCCCGCUGUGCUCGCUGCCGGCCGGGGCGCACCUGAUCGCCGCCAGGUCCUUGCUGGGCCCCGCCGGUGUGGGUGUGGGUGUCGGGAUGGGAUUAAUCGGCCCUGGUGGAAUUCCGUCGUUUUACAGCCAACCAGCGUUUUUGGAGACGGUGCUGUCGGACGCACAAGAUGUUCACCUGCAGCCCCACAGCAGGUCCGCAGGGCCGCUGGACACCAGCCAGUCUGCCAGCUCAGACUCGGAGGAUUUAUCUUCAAAUGAACGAAAACUCUCAAAGUCAUCAAUAAGUCAGAGCAAGAAACGCAAGAAAAGACGUCACCGGACCAUAUUUACCUCAUACCAGCUGGAGGAGCUGGAAAAGGCCUUUAAUGAAGCGCACUACCCGGAUGUUUAUGCCCGAGAGAUGUUGGCCAUGAAAACAGAGCUACCUGAAGACAGGAUACAGGUAUGGUUUCAGAACCGCAGAGCCAAAUGGAGGAAGAGGGAGAAAUGCUGGGGCCGUAGCACCGUGAUGGCUGAGUAUGGGCUGUAUGGAGCCAUGGUGAGGCAUUCCAUCCCCCUGCCAGAGUCCAUCCUCAAGUCUGCCAAGGAUGGCAUCAUGGAGUCCUGUGCCCCCUGGCUGCUCGUCCAAGAUGGCUUACCAAUCAACAGACGCUAUUCUAAAUCUGAAUACCCGCAACUCUUUGCAGGGAUGCACAAAAAGUCCACGGAGGCAGCAGCUCCCCCGCCGACAGGAAAGUGCGAUGCGCCCCAGCAGCCGAGCUCUCAGAGGGCAGAAGAGGCUGAAGCGGAGGAGAAGAGGUCAGAAGGCAAGUCCACCAUUUCUAAAGAGGAACUGAGGGAGAACAGCAUUGCUGCACUCAGGGCCAAGGCACAGGAGCACAGUGCCAAAGUGCUGGGGACAGUCUCUCAUGACAGACUGCUGGAGGGCAAACAGGAGAGACAGGCAGCCGAGGAGAAAGCCAGUGAUCCCCGCAGUCCAGCAGAGGAGGAGAAAAGUCCAUAGAGACUAUCACCUACCCGAGGACUGUUAUUCCCGUGAGUGAAUGCAGUGGCCUGGCUGCUUUCAGCAUGUGUAGGGACUUACCCAACAUAACUCACUGUCCGGCAGGUUUUCAACCCUCAUUGACUUCUCUAAACUGGCCUGUAUCUGGACUUCUUUAAGAAGAAAAACUCAUCUGGCCGUCACUGGCUCUGCACAGAAGAUGCAAAUGCACUUUUUCUGACUUAAUUCUUAACAUACAGUUGUUGUUGCUCAUGCACAGUAGAGAGGAUUUGACUGAGUGGGAGUAAAAGUGUUAAUAUUGGUGUAUAUAGAUCCCACAAUUAUAUAUAGAGCCAGAUGAGUAAAAUUGUAUCCACUAUAACAGUUAUAACACAUUAAUUAGGACAACCAGUGACCAAUGAGCAGUCAGUGUCUGAAGGUAUACAUUUCAUUCUUGGCAUUUUCAUUUCAUUUUUACUGUUGCUUGUACUUAAUGGUUACAUUUGAAAUAAGAACCAUCCCACCGACAGUACUCUUUUAAGAGAAAGAAAGUAAUUGUUGUCCUAUAUCGCGCUGUAUAUAAUUGAUAUAUUAAUCUCUCUCACUAAGGCACAAUUGGAAAUAUGUUUUCUUGUAGUCUUAAAACAAUGUUUGUGUUUUCAUUUCAAAUUAUGUAUAACUCAAAAUACAAAGCAUAAAAUAGAAAUCACCUUUUAUUAAAUGUGGCUUUUUGGUGUCUA